GACAAAAUAUGUAUUCGGAAACCAAGAACGGCAAUACUUUAAUAAUUCUUAUGACCUACAAAAAAGACAAGCUACUCAUGACGCUGUCUGCCGUUCAACGUGAUCUUCCAGCAGAACAUGCAUACGUCGAUGCUUAUACCUUUAGCUAGCGAAGAGAGAAAAUAGUCUGCCAUUAAAACCUAGUUUUUUGUGCUAAAAUCCCCAUGAAUCGCCAGCUGAGAAAAUGACCACCAGGAUUCUGGCUAUCGCAUCGGAGCGGCGACGACCGCCCAGUCCGAAAUCGGAAAUUACGGUUUUAUCGAAUGUGAGUACUAACACUUCCGCCCGUGCGCAGCAGAUCGAACGGGAAAUCAGGGAGAAAAAUCGCCACCCACCGGAGUUGGAGGUGGCCAGCAAUGCCGAUCUGACCUGGGAAUUCCCGCGGUUAAGCAAGAAAACUCUGGGUAAGAUGCGCCAGCCCACGGCGCUGUUCCGCGGGCGAGCCUUCACCUUUGUGCGGCACGGGACGGGCUGUGAAGAAGUGCUGUACCGCUGCAAAGAUACCCGCGGGCCCGGCAAAUGUGGACUUCCCUGUCCGGCGACCAUUCGCAUUAUGCUGUCCUCACUGCGCGUGACCAUUCUCAAGGCUCACUCGCCGCUGUGUGACAGUGCCGCGAAAAGGUCAGCCGACGUCGCACGCGCGACGGACGAGCAGAUGAGCAGCAGUAGUGUGUCGGAAGAUCAGAGCUCCCGUUCGGCGUCCAGUGUGGCGGAUGGGGAUGCGGAGAGUGUGAUGAGCGAGGGGAGUUCGAGUCUGUUGAAUAAGAUUGCGUCGCUGGAUCAAGUGUGUGGCGCACGCCAGCUGGAUGAAGCGGAAGACGCGGAAGGCGGCGGUAAUGUUGACGGGAAGGCGAGAGAAGAAAAGCGGGCCACGGUGCAAACGCGAACCAGGAGUUCUGGUCGAACGACGGUUACGUCACAGUGCUGCACAGCUGAAACAUCGGGCAACGAGAAACCACAGACAACGACAAUGGAUGAUGCGUGUGAAGGCGCACUAACCCCAGUGCAACCUGUUUUACAAAUACAACUUUCUCCGAAUUCAAAGCAGUCCACUGAAAAUGCCGGUGAAUCUCCACGCGGUGGUAUGGAUAAUUCUUCCGCUGACCCGUUAGCCGACUGCAAUAAUACUCAUGUGUCGACUGCUGAUGCUUUAAAUGAUCAUAAUUAUGAUUGUACCUCUCCACCAGCAACUUUAAGUGAGUCGUCCUUUGACGGAUCGACGGGUCCGGAAGGUAAGCAGGUAGACAAUGACGACACUGAUUGUGAGCCAUACGAACCGGAAGGUCCGAAAAGGAAAUCUGGAAAAAAGCAAAAACGACAUAAAUCCCUUUCAUCGGAGGGUCAAUCUCGGAAUUCCUCUCGCACGCGCUCCAGGUCACCCAAGGGUUCAGGAGAUUUCCUGACGAAAAGGAAGAGAAAGAAUUCUCAUCUCCUGGAAGAAUUACAUCGUCACACAAGUGCCGCAUUAUCGCGACCAUGUAGUCGUAACAGUGACGACGUUCGGGAACCAAAACGCACUGCAAAAGCCGACCGCAGUCCUUCUGAAAGAACGCACCGACCGCAAAAUGCAAAAAGUUCGGUGCUCAAAGAACGACCCAAAAAGCCUUCGCUAUCACCCGCAAAACCGGUGCCAGCUGCUGCGGAUGACGAUAGCGACGUAGAUGAAACUGCCUCGCCCGUUGUGACAUCUUCCACAGACGCACCGGACAGCGUCAAAAGCGAUGACCCCGACCGUAUCGAAUACGUAGCCAUCUGUUGUCCGAGCCAGCCGAUUAUACACCGUGAUUAUGCGUAUAAUUUUGCCCGGAAGAUCUCCAAACGGGACGGCUCCUUGUACACGUGCUGGCGUCAACGCAGUGUCGGUGCAGCUGGUUCCUGUCCGGGCACUCUCCUCAUUUCCGACACUACCAAGACGAUCGUCGAGCAAACCGAUCACGGCCAUCCGCCGGACUUUGAACGCUGCUUGCAUUUGUACCAGAAGGCGGCGGCACUGGAAUUACUGCGCGAUUAUGUUUUUACUUCAGAAUCUAAUCCAGUGGACGCGUAUAAAGAUUUCUUCCGGCGUGACCGGGAUAUUGCCAAAUUGCUUCCAACGUGGGAUCUCUUUCGCCGGCAUUACAGCGCGGAAUUAAAUGAUCGAAUGAACAGGAAGUCUGUUCCAGUGGAGCAGGCCGCGUCUAAGGUCAAAUCCAACAUUAAGCAGCGAAAAAAGAAAGGUUCUUCCGAACAGUCCCGUUCCUCUCUGAUUCCCGACAACCCGGAAAAAACUGUCAACACAACCAGAAACUCAUGUCGAGCAACGUCCAGUAAAUCCACGGUAACGGACGAGCCAUCUUUCCAACAGAUUACCAUGUUGUCAUGCGUAAGCUGUGAUAGGAAGGUCCAGCUGUGUGACAAGAUAACCAGUACGCAUGAUACGUCGGACACGCCGCUCAACCGGAAGAGCCAAAGAAUUGCCAACGCGUCGGCAAAAGUUGCCGCUCUGCAGUUGGUGGCGUGCGCUUCCCAAACUGAUCCGCAACCUGAUCCCACGGAUCUGCGUCAUCUGACAUCUACCGGAUUACGAGAAAUGAUUGGGAAGAUCUUUGACCGUGUGGAGAAUAAUUUGGCUAAUGCCGAGGGCAACGAUAAGGUCAAGAUGAUGGACUGUUUGGUUGAUGUUAUUAACCGAGCGCAGGAUGUCCUCGACGCGGCACAAGCUUCUCAGAGCGAUGGCGAAGGAGCAGUAUCCCCAUUUUAUACACUGGAUCUUCUGGAGGAUAUGAUGUAUGACUAUCCAUGAUAAUACGAUUAUACUUCCUUUUAUUAUCGAUCGAUUACUUCUGAGAUAUGGAUAUGGACGGAACUUGUACUCUGUAGACUUGUGCUGUCAUUCAGCAGAGUUGAAUGUUAUCAUUGGAAUAUCGGCAAGACUGCUGUUUUGCGAGCGGAAUUGAUGUUUACUAAACAGUGGUAGUGGGAACUUUUGUAACUCAGACGGCAAUUAACUCCGUUAGCGGAUUAGGCUGGAAUUACAAUUAAUUCUUUAUAUCUUAUUUUAUUGGUUGUUAGCAAAUAAAAAUAUUCGAAAGAAUUGUGAUGAAGCUAACUAAAAAAAACUCUUAAUGUAUCACACUAUCCGA